CUUGUUCUUUCUUCAGAGGAGAAAUGGAAAAUCAGGACUUUCCCUCCGUACACCACUUCUGCUGGUUACGGCACAGAUCCCACGACAGUAACAGUCACGAAUAAUAAAUCAAAAACGCCUAAGGUAACACCCACACGUAAAAGAGUGACAACUUUGACUACUCGAAGGAAAAAACUCACAAACACCACCACGAGAAAGAGUCGUGCACGCACGCCUAAACCACCGCAUUCAACAAAGCGCACCACUGCACCAAAAACUACUUUUAAACCUACUUCUAAACUCUCUACUCUUUCCUCAACUAAAAUGCCCGCGAAAAGGCCAAUAACGUCUGCCAAAAUGACAAAAACAGUGACACCUACUAAGAAACCCGUCCAUGAUACUACCACUGAACCUCUAAUAGUAAGUAAAGGUGUUGAGACAGUAAAACCGAACAUCACGGUUCCGAAAUCUGAUGUUAGUGUAAUAGUAACUAAUCCUAUAGCCUCGACAGAUCCAAUCAAUGAACAAGACAAACAUUCUCCAACCACAUCCACAGGUAUACUUAUCACAAUACCAGUCAACGGUACCGAUUACACAUUAGCAAACAAGACACUGAAUACCUUUCCAAACACCGCACUAUCAAGCAUAUUGACCAUAACGCCCACGGUACGUAUACCCGAUGGCAAAACUCAACAAAACCCCUCACCCGAAGCUGCUUCCACUUCUGCACCAGUGGUCAUGGGACAGGCAAGCCCAGAAGUCGUCAUGGGUGUGGCGGGAUCACUUUACCUUUGGUUUCUCCACAUGAAAGGUCAGCCUCACGUGGUCGCUUUUGUUUCACGCAAAAUUGCAAAGCACGUACUCAUUAGGCACUUUUGUGUUUUUUAAACCAGUACUGAGCUGACGAAGACGCAAGAAUGUGUUAUUAAAGUUGAUACACUAGUAGCAUUGGGCCUUAGAGAUCUCGAUUGAUGGCAUAUGUCUCACUGUAUAACAAACACGCCAAUGCUGAUGCUGUAUGUUUCACGACAAUAGGAGGCCUUGAGGAAUUUGCAGGUCCCUUUCUCUCUUCAGUCAAAAUGCACUUGAGCAAGAGUGUAACUUAAAAAUUGUUAUAAUCUGGAACUAGUCAUAAGCCUUGAAAGCAUGAAAGACUAAUGUUGUGGGAGGAGAAAAAUCCUCCCUUGAUUCCAAUAUAGCCAUGUUAAUCAUCAUUUAACGAGGAGUAACGCACUCUUACUAUAUUCUACGUUUUCUUUAGGAACUAUGUCAGAGCUUGAUAUUAUAGUCUAAAUACAUUCAUUAACCAAGUACAUCAAAAUAAUGACGACACUUUUUUAAAAAUCAUCAUUUGUAGAAAACCAAGCAACCUAUACUACAGUCUUCAUUCUGAGUGCUUUGGGUGCAGCUAUAAUUAUGGUAGCGGUAGUAGCUUGCUUUUUAACCCUCCAGAAAAAGAAGGAAUUUAUCAAACUUGACGUUAUGCAUAAACCAAAGAGAUUUAUUGAGCUUCCCAAGGAAUCAGGGACGAGGAAUCAGAACGGACAUGUUCCUGAAAAAGUUGAUAAGCCAACGGAUGCAGAGGAAGCACCCGAUGGGAUGAUGGUUCAAAAGGGGCCGGAAGUAGUCUUCACCGCACACGAUGUCGAUAAUCACGUUCCUAAAGAGUUUAACAUUGAUAGGUGAGGGUAAAUUGGGAAUCAGUGAAUAACAAGUGAUUUCUAUUGGCUAUUAUGCUCAAUUACAUGUAAAAAAAAAUUUCAACUGGAAAAAUAUGUUUCGGUAAUUCAAAUGCAUGGAAGCUAUGUUUUCGUCCUUACCAGAGAAUCGUUAUGGCGUUAGCGUUAGUCUUAAAACAUUUGAUGAAAGUUGAAAUCCAGAGUUAAUGUCCCAAUAUAUAAUGAAUGCAAACUUUAACAAAAUUUAGAGACCCAACCGUUCUCGACAUUCCAAAGAAUCUUUUUGAGAGGAGGACUGGGCUUUAAGAAUAUAUACACUUUCAUGUCAAAUAAAGUUACCAGCUCCACGAAAUUUAUAUAAUUGCCGACUUAAAGCUUCUAAGAAAAUUUUCGAACAUUUCCGAGCAACCUCCCUGAACAAACUUAAUUUGUUGAGGAAUCAAACUUCUACAAAAAUUGGUCUGUACCUUAAUCUUAGUUUAAACUAAAACUUAAAACUUUUCUUGUUAAUAAUAUGUCCAUACUGAGGUCGCUUUGGUCUCUUUUUACAACAGGUAUCCUGGAACAGAAAAUGGAUCAGUGAAGAAAGAAAAUGAGCCAGGUAUUCACGUCAACCCAAUGUUUAAUAAUAACAACAAACUUUUCAACCUUGUAAAUGAUACAAACCAAACAAAUCCACCCGCCAAAGAUACAGCCAACAGUCUACCGUCAACCCCAUCCAGAAGUCGGAUCCUAAGUGAACCCAGAACAGGACCGGCACGGCAUGGUAGAGCAAAUAGCACUGGUAACGUAUCCAAGAGUCACGAAAGGCAACACAGCCAAGGCAUAUCUGAUUACCAAGACGAGAGGACGCGAAUACCUCGCCACCUCAGUGCCGGAAAUGUAUCACAUCAGCAUCGUCACAUGGUCUCUGAACAUGCUUCGCAUCCUCAAUCUCCUGCUAGGACGCUACCCCGUCAAAGAACUCCCACCGGUAACCACUGGCAUCAAGCUGCACAACCAACACAUACAAGUGGAACUUCUACCCCGGGGAUGAUAAACAGCACAUCGCAGCAACAUUUACCAGCCAGAUCAGUUUCAGGGGGAACUCUAUUGAGUCAGAGCUCCACCUCGAACAGCAGACAGCAAAGUCCGGGUAUUGGGCAACUGUCACCCUCAAGAAACCCACAGCGUAAUCCUCCUGAUCAUUCGCUGAGGGAUGUCGGACUAGUAACGCUUGGCAGGGAUCGAGAGCCGAACAACCAAGGAAAAUCACUUUCAAUGGCUCCUGGAGAGCAACAAUUUGCUACACACAAUUCAACACGAUAUCAAAGAGCCAACGUUGGUCCAAAUUCUCUAAUGAAAGUUUCCAGCUCUUCAAAUGCGACUUUGGGGCUCAGUAGCAGCAGUGGAUCAAACAGUCCCUACACAGCUCAACGAAACACUCCCAUACUAAACAGGAAAUGGAGUGAGGUAAAAUCAGAAAGUGAUGUUGUUCCAAAUAUAACAACCAACCCAAAUUACAUCAACAGGCCGGGCGAAAUAUGGUUAGAUGACAGCGAUCCCAACACGGGACACAAGGAUGCAACAGGCAGAAGCUUAAGCACUGACCAAGGCAACAAGCAAGGUGGUAUCCUUCAGCACAGGAGAGAGUCUGCUGAAAAAAGCUCCUCGCAAGAGCAGUUUUCUCCUAAAGGUACGAUGCGUGCUCCUAGCAUGGGAGAGCUUCUUUCUCCUUUAGAUGCCUUGCCAGAUGCAUACGCAAAUAGUACAAGUUUGCGUUUAUCUGACCGGCAUUCUUAUAGAAAUACUCAAGGAACUUCAUCUUUUCACCCUUCUUCUCCUCAACCCCCGGAGCCACCAGACAGUUCUGAUGAUGAUCUUUAUAGUAUCGUAGCUAAGGGCACCUAUACAUCAGCAGUACCUGACCCUAACUUAAGACACACCACUAGGGAUACAUCUGUUGGAAGAGAAGGUAAAACCAGAAGUAAGCACGUAUAUGUAGUUGUACCCUCAGGGGACGGUUCGACUGCGGUGUAA